AAAAACUAUGAAGGUUACAAAAACCUUUAUAUAUAACACAUCCUCUAGAAUUUAAUUUGGAAUUAGGAGAGAAAGAAGAAAAAAAAAGGCACACAUUCACAAAACUCAUAAUGGAGGAAGAGAGUUCGGUAAAGCUACAUGGAAUGUGGGCAAGUCCUUAUGUUUUGAGAGCUAAACUUGCCCUUAAUAUUAAGGGCAUAGAUUUUGAAUACAUAGAAGAGGAUUUAGCAAACAAAAGUGAGUUGGUGUUGCAACACAACCCUGUGCAUAAGAAAGUGCCUGUUCUUGUGCACAAUGGUCUACCCAUCGCGGAAUCAAUGAUCAUCCUCGAAUAUAUUGAUGAGACUUGGUCUGAUCCCCCGCAUCUCCUCCCUAAGGAUCCCUACCUUAGAGCCAAACAUCGAUUUUGGGCUGCGUACUUACAAGAGACAAUGAUGAUAUUAAGCAAAACAAUGACAAACGGAGGUAAACCUACAGAAGAUGAGAUGAAGGAGUACUGGAAGAAGAUGGAUAUGGCCGAAGAAUUGAUCAAAGCCGAGUUAUUCUCAAAUGGCUGUCCAUCUUUCCAAGAAGCGAAACCAGGAUACUUAGACAUAGUCCUGUAUUCUUUCUUAGGAACCUAUGAUGUCGUCGAAGAGUUCUAUGGCUUUAAGCAUAUCACUGCAGAAAGGUACCCGUUCUUGGCGUCUUGGACCAAGGCACUCAGUGAAGUUCCUCAAGUUAAAGAUGCCACUCCAUCAAGUGUUAAGGUCAUUGAGAUUCUUCAUGCUAUGAGGAAGAACUAUCUCCAAUUAAAGGGAUAAAUGAUCAUUAUUAAGUUUAGUGAUUGAUACAAAACUAUUUAUGAUUUAACCAGGGUUAAUAAGGUUUCAAUUCAUUGUUGAUUUCACAA